UAUAGCCUGUGUCUCGCCCUUCUGCUGUAGCUAGUCCUCAAGGCGGAGCAUCUACACCAUACGCUGGCGCUAUAGCAGCGGGGAUCCCUCAGAUGCGGCUGCUGUAAUUGCUGUUGCUGACAUCCGCGUGGUGGUUUGUGGGGACGCGUGAGUUCGUUAUAGUCAGCUGCCAGGAGCAGGGGAGAGGCGACACUGGUCCGAACGGGGACAGUGGAGGGAACUACAUCGCUCAUAGUUGUAUAUAGGGAGAAUGUCGCUACAGGAACAUCAGUAACCAUGGCAACCGACCCUAACUCGCACCUGGUGCGGACGUGGUUGUCCCGGAACAACGACUCCACCGAAGUUCUCAGAGCGUCUACACGGGAUCUCCUGCGUCCCUUUGCCUCUUUCUUUAUCCUCGUCGGUGUCGUCGGCAUCGUCAGCAACAUCGCACUGGUUGUCAUCGUCGUACGCCGUCGUCUGUAUCAACAAUCUGUGUUUCAGUUGGUGGCGAAUCUCGCCGUUGUGGAAGUCGUGCGGUGUAUGAUUGUUCUACCUUUGAUAUUAACUACAGUCUUUGUGAAGGAUUGGAGACUCGGCAGUCUGCUAUGUUUUGUGUGGCCAGUGCUACUACCAUGUACCAUUCACGUGACUGUCUUUGGCCUUCUUGCACUGUUCGUGUUCCGCUAUUUGAAAAUAGUUCACAACGCUAAAAGCCCUAUUCCUGCGUGGACAUGCAACGUGACGUCAUGGCUGUUGGCGAUAGCAAUCCUAAUGCCACAUGCAGCUUUUAAAAGAUAUAUAGACCUACAUCCGGUGCUGGGGUCUGCUUUCAAAGGAGUCGGAAUUUGUGUACUUCGUCCCGGUGCUGAAGAGAAAAACAAAGAAUAUGUUUUGAGUAUUUUCUUUGUGUUUUAUGUGGCUCUGUUCAUUGCAAUAAUGGUGCUAGCUGUUUUAGUCCAAGUGAGGAUAAAGUCACGUGAACGAGAAUUUCCUCCGGAAACUAAUUCUUUUUCUAUGGAAAUGAACAUCCGGGUCAGUGAGAAGGAGGACGAUGAAGAGGACAAUCUCAAAUACCCAAAUUCUGCCAUGUUGGAUUGCGAGGAUCUCAAGGCUUCGAACGCCUUAAUGUUAGAAAAAGAGCAAGAUGACUGUUGCAAGCAAACACUCGAACCGCUCCCCCAAGUUGAGCCACCAGUAACAAGCAAGAAAACGAUGCUGAAGGACGACACGAAAAUGCAAAAGUUCCUUGGAUAUAUCACAGCUGUGUUCGCUUUACUGUGGCUGCCAUUUUAUAUUCAUUAUCAGAUCGAGGCUCUUGCCGGAAAUGAAGAGCCUGGAAAUUACGUGUUGUAUCUGACAUUGCUUCUCAUUGGCUACCUGGGGUCGUGGUCUCUACCAAUCAUGUUUUCAUUGUGGCAGGUUUCCAAGGCAACGAAAUACAAAAUAAAACAUUCUUUGAGUCCAUUGAAUUGGGGCACAAGAGUAGAGAAAUAACGAACUCACCCGAAUAAGAAAUACGAAAACUCGUUGCCAGGCAUGUGCAAUAUAAAACAUUUAACAUUUUCCUUGGAAAAGUGCACAAGACUGGAACUUUGUUAAUUCAGUUUCAGAUGAGUGUCGCGAAGCUCGUUGGACAAAUACAUUCCCAUUACAAGGACUCAAACGUUUCCACCUAUAAUGACUAAUGCACAUGUAUACAAACAUAGUUAUUGCAGAGUAUAUGGGAAAGACAACUGGAAUGUAAAAAGAAAAGAAUGAUAUUUUUAUUUAUGUAUUUUUCAAAUGUCAGAUAGAGGUUCCAGGUUCUGUGAAUUGACUACUGGCAUCAGAUCGACAUAUUGUCAUGACAUAUUUAUGUACAUAAUUAUACGUUCUGCUUACUUAA